AUGUCUCCAACUCUUCUGGCUGCAGCGAUGCCAUACCUUCCCAUUCCUGACUCUCCUCAUAUUAUUCCGGCUACGGCACGAGAUGAUGGUGUUUCGAGUUUGAUUUCUCAUUUAGGUAUCGAAAAUCAAUCGCUCAACGACACAAUUCUAUCUCAUGCCCAAAAAAUUGCAGACUUGGAGAUUCAACAACGACGCUAUCUCAAGUUGUUUGACGAUUUGAAAUCCCUUCUUCCCCUCAGCUCUCAGUUUGUCAAGAUCAAGACCGAUUCGAACGAUCAAUUUCUUCAGGUUCGGAAUGCGAUUGAUUCGGUAAAUAACUCCACCAACUCUCGUUUGGAUCGUGUGGAAGGCUUUGUGAAUCAUUCGAUAACCCAUCCGCCUGUUCAGCCUAAGUCAUUCCGAGAUCCCCCUUACCUCUCUCAUAUAUACUUUUCUGGAGUGUUGUCAGAAACUAAAGAGUUCUGUUUUGCCAUGAGGCACUCUUUGGAGAUGCAUAGCGACAAUUUCUUAAAUGAAAAGCAUAAAGUCAUGUGGGUUGCGGGAUACUUUCGGAAGCCGGACGGGAAGUUGGGCGAUAACUGCGCGUCGUACGUUUGGUGGCGCGGUCUGAUGGCGAAGAAUGCACAUCAUCAAAAUCUGGAUCCGAACACCGCUUCGUCGAAGGCUCCGUUUCUCUUGGAAGAAUUGUUGUUGGGUGAAUCAUUUUUAGUUGCGAUUGAGACAACUUUCUCAAACCACAAGGGAGAAGAGGAAGCUCGCAAAUCGUUACGCGUGAUGAAACAAGGCAACACCUCGAUCGAAGAAUUCAACGUCUCCUUCAAUUCGUUACUUUACUCGGUGGAUCUUUCGGAAGCAUCGAAAUGUGAUCUUUAUGAUGAGGCUAUCAAUCCGAAAAUCGUUCAGCUCGGGAUUUUACGGGGUGGAUGGAAUGGGGUGACGGAUUUGGCGAAGAAACAGGCGAUGGCGGUAGAGUUGGCAGCGGAUGUUCCAGGAGUAGCUUUAAUCGAUCGUCUGAGUCAAAAGCCUCAACCGAUAGUCCAGAAGAUUCAACUACCUCCUAAACCGGAAGCUGCAAGACCUCCUCCGAAACUCUCUGAUGGCGUCCCAAUGGAUAUCGAUGCGAUUGCGGCCGAAUUGGGUUUUACGUAUGACGCAUAUCGACAUGAGUGUGUACUUCAACACAUUUGUCAUCGUUGCGGGGGUCGUUACGAUUCAGCUCAUACAGAUGCGAGGCGAUGCCCUUUGCAAAAGGAAGCGCAAUUGUCUAAACCUCAGAUUUUGGGGAUUUGGCGAGACUGGGGAGGAGAUGCGGGAGAUGGGAUCAAGGAUCGAGCGGACUCACGCACUAACCUUCCGCGUGGAUCUCAUUCUAUUUCGGCCUUUGAUCGAUGGUCGUCUUCGUCAGGUCGAUAUCCACCUUCUCAACCGACUUUUCCUUCACAUUUGCCUAGCAACAGCAACAAAGGGAAGAAGCGACAGUCCUUGUCAGAAGAAUCUUCCGAUCAUUCGCCGAAACGAGCUUUGAACACUCAUCAAUCGAAUUCCCCGAUGGCCUCCACUAGUCAAGCUGUGGUGGAUACGGUAGAAAUGGAGCCAAUGUCUCUUGGCGAAGUUGUUUUUUGAGCGUCAACUUGCGGAAGCGCAGUAUGAGG